AUGGGCCCUAAAUUACAGGUACUAGAUCUCAACAAAGACUGGAUCUCCAAGUCCAAGACCGCAGAAUCGGACGAGGAGGACAAUGACAUAGUAACAAACUUACCAGUCAUUAAUGCCGUAACAUCAGCAGUUCGAUGGCGUAAGAGAACUGAUACUGCUAACAAGAAAAGGGCUGGUCUAAGAACAAGAAAAUUUGAACGCAGAUAUACAGAGUUGGGACCUCUGCUGAUCCCAGAACAAAAACGUGUAGAUUAUGUGUUGGUCCACAGCAGCAAAUCGUCUAAAGACACCAAAGAUUCAGAUAAGAAAAAAUCAUUGGAAGAAAAGGAAUUUAAACGUGAUUGCUUUGAGAGAGCAAUGACAGAACAAGGUUUCUUUAUUCAGAAGGACGUUAUUAAAGAUCAUGUGUUUGUAAAACUUCAUUGCCCCUUCAAAAGACUUUGUAUGGAAGCAGAAUCUGUGAAGCUAGAAAUGCGUCUCAAAGAUUGUCCUAACUAUGAACCAGAACCUACCAACUUUUUCAGGAGAUUUAUAGACAAGCACCUGGAGACUGAUGAUGAAGUUGAUUUCAUCAGUGCCCCUUUCCUCAUGGAUAGAAUCCAGCUCUACCAGGACUUUGAAGACCCGACCCAUUUCUUCAGACCAGCCACUCGCUCACUUCUGGUGGAUCAUAUUCUUAUCAACCUUGACAUCAGAAAAGAGACUGAGAGUAAAUCAGAAAAAACAGUGUCUAUAAGUGAUGCAGACCCUGAAAAUGCCAAACCAUCUUCCUCGUUUCUUGGCCUGUGUACAUGUUGUGGAAGCUCUGCUAAAUCUACUGAUUCAUCAAGCACACAGUCUUCGUCUGUAUGGGAUUGUUUCUUCUGUUGUAACUCCAAUAGUGAAAUCCUUGAACCAAUGAGAGGUGAAAAACAGAUGCAGAAAUGGGAUGGCAAGAACGUGAAAAAGAAUGAGUAUGGUCGAAGGUUUGGCUUGCCGUAUCUGAUGAUGAAAGAUAUCUAUACAGACGCCUUCAUCCUUCAUGAGGAAUCUGUCCGCAGUAAACAGCGAGAGGCAUUAAAGAAAGAGUUUUUCUCUGAGGAAGAGGAGGCGGAAUUAGAUAGUGACCCUAGAAAGGCUCUGGACGACACAUGGACAAAGUACUACAAGUUCCAGCCACUAUGGAAAAUACGUAACUAUUUUGGAGAGAAAAUAGCCCUGUAUUUUGCGUGGUCAGGCUUACUCAUCACCAGUCUGUGGAUUCCUACACUGUUUGGAUUUGCAAUAUUUUUGUAUGGGUUAAUAACAAGGAGAUUUAUUACUGAGGUCACUGAUUUAAUGGUGUGUUUGUGGGGGACUGUGUUCCUGGAGUCCUGGAAGCGUAAGAGUGCAACACUUGCUUAUGAAUGGGAUGUGGACAAUUAUGAUAGUAAUGAGCCAGAUCGGCCGCAGUUUUUUGGGACAAAAGUCAAGAAAGAUCCAGUAACAUCAGAGGAGAACUGGUUCUAUCCUGUUAAAAGACAGAUUGUUAAAUAUAUAUUUUCUGCCUCAACCUUACUGUUUAUGGUGAGUUUAGUCUUGGCCAGUUUAGUGGGAGUAAUCGUGUACAGGGUCAUUAUUGCCGUAGAUUUAUGUCCAGGAAUGUCAGCUGUACAGUGUCUCAUCACUACCAAUGUUGUAUCUGCCAUCCUCAAUGCUGUGUCCAUCAUACUUCUGGGCAAAGUGUAUGAUAAAGUAGCCAUCAAGCUCACAGACUGGGAAAAUUACCGAACGCAGAGUGGCUAUGAUGACGCACUCAUCAUUAAACUGUUCGCCUUCCAAUUUGCCAACAACUAUGCGUCUUGUGUCUAUAUUGCUUUUUUCCGUGGGAACUUUGAUGUGUUUGGUGUUUUUGGACUCGGAGAGGAGUAUCGUGAUGACUGUUCUGGAACCUGUAUGUCCCAGCUGUCCUUCCAAGUCCUUACUCUUAUGGUGGUGAAACCUUUCCCAAAAAUGUUCAAGGACAUUGUCCUGCCAUUGUUGAUAAAGCUGUGGAGGAUACGUCCUUCCUGGUGCUGUAGAUGUGCCUGCUUUAAAAACAAAGUUGGAGAAAAAUCGCCCGAGGAUCAAAUUGAGGCUGACCGCCAAAUCACAAACUCAUACAUCGAAAUGGAGUUCAUGAAACCAACACUUGGGGAUUUCACACUCGGAGAAUACACUGAGAAAAUCAUCCAGUAUGGCUUUCUAAUGCUGUUUGCUGCGUCCUUCCCUCUGGCCCCGCUUCUAGCCCUGGUCACCUUAUUAGUGGAUAUCAGAGUAGAUGCUAAGAGGAUGCUGUGGCUGAACAGACGGCCUAUAGCUUAUAUACGCAAGGACAUUGGUCGCUGGUACAGUAUUCUAGAAUUUGUAAAUACCUGUGGUGUUAUCUCAAAUGGUUUCCUCAUUGCCUUUACUUCUGACUGGGGACAACAGUAUGAUUUUUCUUCUAAGCUUUGGAUAGUCAUCAUAUUUGAGCACAUGGUGUUUGGCUUGAAGUUUUUACUGGCUUAUCUUAUUGCUGAUGUUCCGAGACCAAUUCGCCUUGCCAUGCGGAGGGAAAAAUUCCAAGUUGCCAGAAUUCUGAAUAGUGUAGCAGGUGAUGCUCCAACGGAUUAUUCUACUCUCAUUCUGAGGGAGAAAAAACGAAGAAAAACACGAUCAUCAAAUUAUGAAUUAUUUGAUGAGAAUGGACUGCCGGUUGUUAGAGAAGAUAAUAAAACACAAACACAAAAACAAACUCAUAAAGAAGGAGACGUACAGACAAAACCUUCUACAUCCAAGAUGUCAACGGACAAGAGAGACAACUCAGUCAAACCAUUAGUAGAGGAGGGAACCAACAGCGAUAAACAUGCCCCUCUUGUUAGUCCGAAUGGAGACCAUGGCAGUGUGACUGACAAUAUUGAUGUAGACACUUACAUAAAGACACACGGUAUACAAGAAGAUCUUUGGUAUUGUGGUGACACAGACAAAACCACCAGCCACGGUGGACUUAGUAUAUCUGGAGUCGACACUAAGGUUGAUUCUCCGCCUAAAAAAGAAAGUACCACCAAGGGCAAACUGACCACAAACAAGAAAAAAGAUGAUGAUGGUUGGCUGACUAGCUCAUCUGAUAGUGAAGACAUAUAA